GCAGAAUCUUGCAUUUAUUUUUCUUCAUAUCACUCUCCUUUCUUCCAUGGAUACCAAGUGCAUGACUUCAUCUUCUUCACCGAGGCCCAAAGCUCCAAUAAAAAACGCCCCAAUAAUUUUCAAGUCUGCAAUUCUUCUCCAAAGAAAAGACACAGCUUGCAUCAAUGUCGAUAUCAAGAAGCAUCCUUGUGUUCGUCUAUGGCUGCAAAAGAAGAAAACCCCAUGGAUGAACCACAAAAUCCAUGUCACAAAAGGAGAAAGUGUUAUAAAAGUGGAAGACAAGGCUGUCGAUGGAGCUGGAAAAAGAGGAACCAUCGCAGGGGCGGUUGCUCUUAUUAUUGGCACCAGUAUUGGUUCCGGGAUUCUUGCUCUCCCUCAAAAGGCCUCUCCUGCUGGCCUGGUUCCAAGUUCAAUAUCCUUGGUAGUUUGCUGGGCAUUUUUGCUAAUUGAAGCACUUUUGCUCAUUGAAGUAAAUGUUGUUUUAAGGAGGAAAACGAAGGAGGAGGAGGAUGAAGAAGAGGGUGAAUUGGAUGUGAUUUCCAUAAGGACAAUGGCACAACAGACACUUGGAGAUUGGGGUGGAAAUUUGGCCACUAUUACCUAUGUUUUCUUGGGUUACAUUUCGAUGAUUGCUUAUAGUUCUAAAUCUGGGGACAUCCUUUUCCAUUUGAUCAAUCUUUCUGAACCAGUUUCUGGCUUCCUGUUCACUGCAAUUUUCACCAUUCUCAUCUCUGUUGGUGGGACUCAAACCACUGAUCUCGUUAACCAAUGGCUCACUAUUUCCAUGAUAGGCUUAUUAAUGACAAUUGAAGGGUUAGCAGUGGUAUUUGGAGGAUGGUCAGGCCUGGAGGGAAAUGGUGAUUGGGGGAAAGUUCCGGCUACCAUUCCUGUUAUGAUAUUUUCUUUGGUUUAUCAUGACAUUGCACCAGUUCUUUGUGCUUAUUUAGGCAGUGACCUUACUCGAUUAAGGGCUUCGGUUUUGCUUGGAAGCGCCGUUCCGUUGUUGGCAUUGUUUGUUUGGGAUGCUAUUGCACUUGGCCUCCCAACACAACCUGAUCAAAUUGUUGAUCCUGUUGAGCUGCUUACGAGGGUAAAAUGGAGUGGAGUUUCAUUUAUGGUAGAAGCAUUUUCACUUCUAGCCGUGGGAACAUCAAUGAUCGGCACCCUCCUCGGCUUCUCGGAGUUCUUUAAGGAGCAGCUUAAGGACCUGUCAUGGAAUUCUUCUUCGGCACAGAUAACGCCACUGGCAGGGGAUGAGAUACAGCAGGAACCAGACAAACCCUCAGCACAGACAAAUUGGUGGGGGAGAAACAAAACCAGGCUCACAGCAAUGGCAAUGGUGGUCGCUCCAACACUUUUAGUCUCAACAACAGUUCCAGAUGCCUUCUCUGCUGCUACAGAUAUUGCUGGGGGUUACUGUAUGACGAUGCUGUAUGGAGUUCUUCCACCGGCAAUGGCUUGGGCCAUGGAAACCAGAGAAGGUGACGGCUCUAAUGAGAAGGCGUUAACAAUGCCUAAGCCUGCAAUUCUGGGAGUUGGGUUAUUUGCCUGUGGUUUAAUUGUGGAGCAAAUUCUACAUGAUUUCUUGGCAUUGCAGUUAUCUCAAUGAUUGGAUUAAUUUGUAAAUUGUAAAAAUAAUAAUAUCUAAUAGAACUAAUUCCCUAUUGAUCA